AUGACGAGCUCAGAAUCAGAACAGGCGCAGACAUCACGGAAGCGCUCACGCAGGAGGGACAGCGUCGAUGACGGUGGUGCUGGAGGAAAGAAGGCUAGGGGCCGUCCACGGGUAGACACACAGGACGCCACGGCUGCAGAUAGACGAAGAACUCAAAUCCGGCUUGCGCAGCGUGCAUAUCGGCAGCGGAAGGAAACCACCAUCGCGUCGUUGAAGAGUCAAAGCACACAGCUCCACUCGAUUAUCGAGCAGAUGAACAAGGCCUUUCUAAAGCUAAACGAGUCCACCGUCAAGUCAGGUCUGUUACAGCUGAAUCCGAGUUUGGCCCAAGAGUUCAAGCUGGUAACGGAGACGUUCGCGAGCUUGACAAAGACAGCCAACGAGGGCCAGUACGACGGAGACGAAGAUGGUGAACACGGCGAACACGGGAUUGAAGGGAAUGGUGCACCAAAGCUAGCCGAACCAGAGCCUGAAGUGCAGCACAUUGGAUGGGGAUAUUCCGCAGUUCCGAAACCAGCCGCUGAGAAGCGUCCGCAGCCCCAAUUGUCAACACCGGAUAGCUACCUCGCCCACAUCAGUGCUGCAUAUGGCAAUGUAGACUCCCGCAGGAGCGAUCUGGUGGGUUGCCGUCAGUUUGGAGCUGGUUCGGUCUUCGACCAGUCGCACCGAUCCUCGCAGCCUCCAGCAGACCCAUCACCAUCGCAUACUUCAUCCCAACCGACGCAACUGCCUUUCGGCCUUGUAGACCUUCUGAGUCAGCACCAAGCACCGUAUGGAACAACAAACCUACACACGUACUCCGUCCGUGUACCGACGCCUGAAGCGACACCGCCAUCGAACAGACUGCCCACGCCGCCUCUAUCGAAAAUAUCGUCGAAGACGCUCCCUCCGGUCACAACGUACAGUUUCCAAGAAACAACAUUUGCGAGACGAUUGUCGAGGGCGGCGCUUGAGGCGGGGUUUCAUUUGCUUAGCAACGCCCAAGCUCGCCCUACGGCAAUCAACCGUGUCUUCAAGCUUUCUCUACCUCAUGAGACCCUCGAUCAAAUACGAAGCCGCUUCCGAACUAUCAUGGCCCGUGGCAUUGACGAAGACCUGGACUGGUGGGAGUCGCCAUUCCUCCAUCUCGGUGGUGCAGGAACUCAUUAUCCGCGACGGGACGCUGCCGGCAACGUAAAGUCUGUCAGAAACGGAUGGAACGUACGGCAAAUUGGGCCAACAGAGAACAAGGUGCUCAUAAUAGAGAAUACAGAAGACGGCAGGAGUGAAGAGCUACGCGGUGUGGACCUCCGUGGAUACGAGGGGGAAUGGUUCGAUUGUUACGACGUACAGGGCUACUUGGAAGAAAAAUACUCGUGCAAGCUCGACCCGAAGAGCUCGUUUGCCGAGUGUGUCAUCGAAGUUGACGACGAAGAACUGUCUAGAGCCCCCAACAGCGCACUACGGCAACGACCACACAACGCGACGAGUCUGCCUCCUCUUCACCAGAACUCCGCAAACGCAUCGGCAGCUCCGUCAACCACUUCGACAAAUCCGCCAAACAACUCUUACAACAUCGCGGAUAGUGGAGCUUAUGGGCUAGACCUGUCUUUUGGGAACACCGGUGAAUACCCUAGGCUUGUCAACUACGAAAUCUCAUAUGAUCAGACCCUGGGUUUGGAUCUCGCACCUGGGUAUGAUUAUGGGUUUUCGCAUACACCCGCCUUUCACAUGGACAACAUAGAUCUGGGCAUGAACAUGAUGAGCGAUGGCGGCGUGUACCAGCAGAUCAUCGAGAAGGUGAUCCAGACCUCGCAGAAUGACUUCGAGGAGUCGGGCGUCGAUCAUAGCACGCUCGACGAGAUGAAGCAGGGCUGGCAAGAGAGGCUAUCCGCUCUCAAGAUUGCUCACUUCCCAUGGGACCCUGCUCCUGAGCCUGUUCGUCAGCCGCCUACGGUACCGUCCAACGUAAAGGUUGACAAUGAUAUGCCUUCCGUGUCCGGACCUCAGGAGGCUCUCAACUUCCCCAACGUGCCCGUGAAGCAAGAAGGAGGAUAUCAGCCACCAGUUGCCAACUAUCCUCCUGCUCAAACUGCGAACAACGGCUACGGCGGUACUUAUGAUCAAAACCAGCAGCUCGCGCACCAGCGUGCAGCUGCUCUGGUACAGCAGCGAGUGCAGCAGCAAGGACAUGUGCAGCAGAACUUUCCCAAUCUGGCGCAACAGGGCCAUCUGCCUCAAAUGCCUAUGCAGAACCAGCAGCAGCAGCAACAGCAGCGCAUGAUGGCACAACAGCAACAACAACAGCAGCAGCAUCAACGACCCCCGCAACAGCAACAGCAGGGAAUGCCACAGCAGCGUCCCCCACCGCAAAAUCACAUGUACACCUCACAGACUGAUGGUUCGGGUGAUGCUAUGGCUGACUGGGAGGCCUUGAAGGCCGCACGCGCUGCUGAUGCAGUAGAGCGCAUGGCGGCGGACGACUUCAUGCGUUCUCGCGUUGAUGCCAUGGCCAUGCGUCAGGACAGUGGUCUCAUGGUACCGCUCGAUUCGAUGCCAAAGGGCAGAAAGCGUAAGGCGGCUAUGCGUGUCCUGCAGGCCGAAGACGCAGAGGCCUCGUCAAGCGCACCGGUUCCCGCGCGCUUUGACGGUGACGACGAUGUGAAGCCAGAAGAAGAUCCGGAUGACGCCAUUAAUUCUGACCUAGAUGACUCCGAGGACGAACUUGGGGAUGGCGAUAACAGCGACGAUGAAAUGGUCGACUAUAUGUUGUGCACCUACGACAAAGUCCAGCGCGUAAAGAACAAGUGGAAGUGCACGCUCAAGGACGGCAUCUUGACCACGAACAAGAAGGAAUACCUGUUCCACAAAGCAAAUGGUGAAUUCGAAUGGUGA